AUGACAGCUUGUCGUGCCUCCCUUUCCCCGUUUGGGCAGCAGGCUCAGGGCUGGGCCCUUUUUUCCCUUUUUCCCGGGAAUACUUUGUACAAAGACUGGGGCAGGUGUGAAGAGUGCCUAUUCCAUGCUUGCCUUUGCUAUGCCUGCAUCCCCAGCACGGUCCUGGGGCCCCCUGACCCCAGCCAGGUCUCCCUCCUAGGCACAGGCAGAGAAGGGAGAUGCUCUCAGAACCCAGUUCUGUCCAUAUUUCAGGGGAAUGUUUCCAUUUGCCAAAUCCUAGUCCCACGAUCUGUCCCCAAAGGGGAACAAAGGGACUUCUGA